AUGAUGGCUGCUUCUACCACUGAGCCGACGAAGCUCGUUGUUCACCACCUCAAUGACUCCCGUUCACAGCGUAUCUUGUGGCUUCUGGUGCCCUAUGAAAUCAAGAAGUACCAACGCCUCCCCGACGGCAUCGCGCCGCCGGCGUUAAAGGAAGUCAACCCACUUGGAACGGCUCCCGUCAUCACGGACGACUCGCGGAAUAUAGCAGAGAGUGGCGCCAUUGUUAUCUAUCUCAUCGAGAAAUAUGGAAAGGGUCGUGGAAAAGCGACCGAAGCCGGGUUCGUCAAUGAUCUAUUUUAUGUACAUUACUCAGAAGGUUCCCUGGCACCGAUAUUGGUCAUGAAGCUUGUGUUCGGAAUUAUCCCGAAACAGGCCCCCUUUUUCAUUCGCUGGCUUCUCAACAUGGUUUUCAAGGCAGUGGACUCCGCUUUUAUUGGUCCUCGCCUCAAGAUUGAGGCGCACCUUAACAAAUGUGGGGACUGGAUUGCAGGGGGGAGCGAACCGACCGCGGCCGACUACAUGAUGGUGUUCAUCAUCGAGUUCUGGGCCGACAUCGACGCGUCCCUCAUCGGCCCGAAGAUGAAAGCGUAUGCGCUCGAGAAGGGUGGAGAGUACAAGUGGGCGAAGGAUCUGUGA